UACUUUUAUUCUCAAUUUUUUAUUCAAUUUUUAUUCGACUGGGCUUUAGUCGAAUUUACUCUAGCAAUUAGUUGGAAAAUUUUCACCACGAUUUGUUGUAUUGGAAUAGAAUUUAUUUACGAGAAAAUCGAAGUGUCUAUUUCACACAAUUUUUUUACCAGAAACUCUCAAUAUUUAAUAAUUUUCAGAAAAAAUCAUUUCUCGCGCAAUUUUUACGGCGAUUAUUCUAAUUACAGUAGUAAAUCCCACGAGGAAUAAAUUCUGUUAUCGGAGAAUGCUUCAGAACCACUUGUAAAAAAUAUAAACCGAAAAAAAAAGCGAUUCGCGUGAGUAGUACUCACCCGCACAUUCGACACGCAACUGAAUGCGGGAAUUUCUUUGAUCAACUGCUCUUCAAGUUCCCAAUCUUUAUAAUUAGCCACCAGCUCACAGUCUGCACAGUGGUUGCGCAAUGUAACAAAUUCAAACCGACGUUUUAACGCGUCAGCUGAUGAUUUUUUUUUCACGAUCGAAAUAAACCAGUGCUGCGUCGUUUUGCCACGCGUAACAAUCAUCGAUAUUCGUCUCUUAUCUCGAGUUGUCAAUUUUUUCCCUUCGAAAUAAUGGAAUACAUAAAUCGAUUAUUGCACCGCAAUUCACCGAGUAAUUCAACCGCCAAUUCCCCAGAGCCACCGAGUGUCAAUGAUCCUGAGAAAUCCCCGGAGCACGAGGUAAAGGUAAAAUUUGCCCGUGAAUUUACCGACGUACCCCACACCACCGACAGCAACAGCAUCUCCUCGGCGAGUAGCUUCCAGAGUUUAGCAUCGACGGUUUCCUCGUUGAUUCCACCAAGUCCAAGCCGCACCAACACCUCCUACACGAAUCUCGAGGUCUCCGGUCUCGACGACCUGAUCUCAGCGUGCGCUGGAAUCCGUCUGGAGGACACCCUCGCCGUCGAUCACUCACUCGCGGAGGCAUCAUUCACAUCUGCUUCGGACGAACCCAUUCUCAACCAAACAACUGAUCUCCCCAACGAUGCGACUCAGGUCCUCGAUGAUGACCACAACGGUACACGUGUACUCUCCGGACGUACCUCACCACUGAAUCAACCUGAAAAAUCUUCAAUAAAACCAGAUGAACCUGGAGUAAACUGUCCUAACGUGACGAUAACAGUUACAAAUGACCACGUGAACUCCCCCGAGUACAAAACAGCGACUGAAUCAUUUCUCCAGACAUCGCCUUCGAAUCCUGAGUCUCUGAAAAAUCCUGAGGUUAAUCAAACAUCGACCAACACGACUUAUCAGAAUGUCAGUGCUGGCGACUUGACUUUUGACACUGACUGUCCAUCCCUACCAUCUCUCCAAAGUAUCUCUCUGAAAUCGAGUGGAGAGUUCAAAGAGCCAUUCCCCGUUAAGGCUUUCAAAAGGAGUGUAUCACCACAAUUGCCACCUGGACAAUCAGAUUCCCCCGCAGUUGACUCAACGCCGAAACAAGAAGUCUCAGUAUCUUCAAACAUACCUGACACGUCGGGUCAUUGUAUCUCGUCAAUAACUGAGCCGACAUUCGUCGAGAAACAGAAAGACGUAGAGAAUUCGAAUGAAUUAUCUCUCGCUCCAGAGGAAAGAAAAGAGGAAAACCCAUCACCACUGGAAAUAAUUCCAGAAUUGUUGGAACAAACGAACAAAUUAGCUACAGAAGACACAGAGUCCCUGAAGACUGGUGAUGUACCCCUCGAGGAGACAUCCGACCCUGAGGAACUAGAAAGAACGAUUAUUCUCCAAGAAACCGACGAUAUCCUAGACGUUCCAGAGUCCGAGCAGUACGAGGCAUUCAAGCCCCAGCGUCAGAGCACCGAGACUCACCCGAGGCCUUUCCCACCAAUUCCAACUCCUUCGAGUUAUUUGGAUUUUCUCCCUAAUCGUCAGAGUACAGGUCUCUCAGACUUCGUUCCACCCCCAAACGAUUUCCAGUCCCAGGAUCAAGCGGACAAGACUCCCACACCUUUCAGCGAGAACAACCAGAGGUUCUUCGACGCAUCAGAGGAUAUCCCAUCAGUCAGUGAAAACCCUGAGGAGCCCUCAGGAGUUUUCGAGAAAUUUCGCUUAGAGGCGGAAACAAUUGCUCACGAGAUUAUUAAUGCCUCCCUCGAGCUCACAGAGGACAACGACAAUCUUGGAUCAACAAACGCCAACGAACUCUUCAAGGAUCCAUCGAGCUUCGACUUCUUCGAGUCCCAGACGUCAGCUAAAUCAACAGUUGACAGAUUGAGGGAGUCUCUGUUUAUAAAAUUUGAUCCCCUCGUUUCGAAUGUGACUAUGUUACCUCAGGGGAAUACAGCGAGUCCUCCCAAUGAUGAGAGAAAUGGGGAUCAGGACUCAGAGUCACUACCUAACAUGACAACUCCUAAAAGGAAUCCAGCUAUUGCUGCCAUUGACAGGCUGCUGUUCUACAGUCCAAUGCCUGCCAGUGCAAUUCAGAAGCACGAGGAGGUGGAGAAGAUUGAAGUUGUAGAAAAGACACCUGAACCUGUUCCAGUAGUUGACUCAGCGAUGGCUAAGGAAUUGGAGCUCGUCAGGUCGACUGUCCUCCAAUUAGAGGAUCAGCUGCAGAAGGAGAAGGUGGAGAGAGAGAGGGAGAGGAAGGAGGCUGAGAAGCAGAGAGAGUCGUUUGCUGAGACUGUCAGUCAACUCCAGAAGCAACUAGCUCAGGAAAUUAAAAAUAAAAAUCAGAUUAAUGUGGUUGUGGAUGAGUACGAGAAGUCGAUAAGUCGGUUGGUGGCUGAGAGGGAACGGGAUAAGAAGAGUCUCGAUGGUGAGAAGAGUGUUCUCAUGGAGGAGCUGCAGGACACCAAGGAUCAUCUGAUGGCCAGUGAGGCUGCUUUCAAUGAUGUUCAUGCCAAGUACGAGAGGCUCAAGAUAGUCGUUACUACGUUGAAAAAUAAUGAGAGUGCGUUGAAGGAGAGUCUUGCUGAAAAUGUGGAAAUUAUUAAAGCACUGGAGAAUAGAUAUGAACAGAUCAAGACUCAUGCUGCUGCGCGGCUUGAAAAGGCAAAUCAAGAUCUCGAUGCAAUCCGCAAACAGCAUGACUCUGAAAUGGUGAAACUGAGGGCAAUCCUGAGGAAAGAGGAACUGAAGAGCAAUUCGUUAAAUGAGAUUGUCGAGCAGAAGACAAAAGAGAAUAAAGAGCUCACACAGAUUCUCGAUGAAGUUAUAGCCAGAGUUGGGGCUAAAUCCGAUGACUGAACAGAUGAUCAUUCUAAUGCAAAU